AAUAUGGAUCACGGUUUGCCCAUGUUUUCUCUUCUAGGUUAUGAUGAUUAGAAGAUCAUGAUGGAAGCACACCUCUACGCUCUACAUGAUUGCAUGUGGAUGGUGCUUGAAGAUGGACCCUUAAAUAUCCAAAUGGAGAAUCCAGAGAGGAAUCCAACCAACCCAGAUGUAGUCCAGUAUAUUCCAAAGCCCAAAGAAAAAUGGGAUGAUAAGCACAAUCUAGACAACGUCGCCAAAGCAGCCAUCUUCAAGACACUUGAUCCCAUCACCUUUUCCAAAAUCAAGCAUCUCAAGACUGCCAUGGAGAUAUGGAAAGGUCUUGGGAAGCUGUGUGAGGGAUCAGAAGACCUGAGAAAACAGAAGAUAGAGGUCCUGCUCGAGAAGUUCAAAAGCUUCAAAAUGCUUCCCGGUGAAUCAUUUGACAUGCUGGAUGAAAGAUUUCACAAAAUCUUAAAUGAUCUUGCAUCACUUAACCACGUUCUUUCUCCCAAAGAAAAGAAUGUAAGGUUGCUGAGGUCUCUUCCUGCUGAGUGGUACACCAAAGCCACACCCAUGGAAGAAGGAAGAAAUCUGGAGAACUACAAUGUCCAAGAGUCCCAACAAGCGAAGGGACAUGCCCAAGAAACUGUGACACUCCUUCAUCCAGCCAGCCACCAAGCUCAAAGCAUGGAGCGCAAGUCAUCCAGCUCUAGCUCGGAUGAAGAAUCCCUCGUUUACAUGGAGCGCAGAGCUAAGAAGUCCAACCAUGAGGAUCGGUGGACUAUGUCUGAAGAUGACACUCUGUGCCUAAUGGCCAAAGAUGAUGUUGAUCAAGAGGUAACUUCACAAACCUCAUGUUCAUCCUCUUAUGAAAGCAUACCAACUUCUGAAAAUCUUUUUGACAAGUUCAAAAAGAUGAUGGAAGAUUUUGAGGAAAUAAAUCUUAAACACUCAUCUUUAACAGAAGAGAACAAGCUGUUGAGUGAAGAGAAUCUCAAGUUGACUGAAGGUCGGAAAAGUCAACUAAGUAAGAUCACUCAUUUCAAGGCUGAGAAUGAAUCUCUUUCUGAAAAGGUGAAAUCUCUCAACAAGGAGCUAGGGAUACUGAAGUCCAAAGAAGCAGUGGAUAAGCUUCUUGAAACGACCAAACAUAAGGGUCGUGAAGGACUUGUGUUUGACCCCUCCAGUUCCAAAAGAAAAGGGAGAACAACUUUUAUUCCUUCCAAACCUACUGCCCAACCCAAUAAGCAGAAAGGUAAGGAGAAGGAGAAACCUACAGAAGUUCCCAAAAAGGUAGUCCCUCCUAAAAACUAUAGGAAGCUGGACACACCUCAAAGAGGAAACAAUUUCAGAAGAAAACCUUCUAAACCCCACUAUACACGAGGCUAUACUCAUUAUGGGGUAGAAAAGAGUUUUCCAAGAAAUUCUGAGUGGAGAACUAUGCCAAGAUAUAGUCAUCCUCCACCCCAGAAACUAUUUGUUCCACCUAAGUAUGCUUACAACCAUCACAGGUCACACAAUGCACAACCUAGACAAAACUAUAGGUCUUACCAACCUAGGUUUACUAGGAGGAAACAGGAAAUUGCUCCACCUGCUCGUAGGAAGUUCUAUGCCUACAACUAUGACUAUAAUCCCAACAAGUUUAGAGCUGCAAGGAGAAUUCCCUGCAACUUCAAACUUGAUGUAGGGACACACACCAUUAACUAUUCCGGACCCAAACUGAAUUGGGUACCAAACUCUUCCUCCUCCUAAUGCAGGAAGCCGCUAAGUACCCAGGUUUGUGUAGUUGUCCUUUAAAAAUUUAGAAAACUUUUUUAAUACAUUGUAAAGCUGUUUGAAAGACUACUGUAUUUCAAUUUACAAUUAUAUUUAAUAAAAAAAAUUAUUUCAAUUCCAAAAUAUUGAUCAUGAAACAAAAAUAAAUUCUAAAAUGUAGAAUACAUUGAAUAAUAUCUAAAUACAUACAAGCCAAGUCUAAAAACAUCCAAUAAUUUAAUAUUUACAUAAUAAAAAUCACUCUAUUUGUCCAUUCAACAAGCGUAAUUUAGUUAUUUGUUGCCUCAAUUAACAUUUCUAAAUACAUCUCUUGCUCUAGCAACAUUUUCUUGUAAAGCAUCCACUUUAGUCCUCAAUCUGCAUACCAUUAAAUAAUUAAAAUGAAUGUUUGUUGAUAACAAGAAAGAGUUCAUAACAAGUAGUUCAUAUGCAUCUAUUUAACAAUUGAAGUUCAUAAUUCAGCUUAGAAAUCAAGCAAAGCUACAAAU